AUGCCGAACAUUGUGCUCUUCAGCGGCAGCUCCCACCACGACCUGUCCCAGCGGGUGGCGGACCGGCUCGGGCUGGAGCUGGGCAAGGUGGUCACCAAGAAGUUCAGCAACCAGGAGACCAGUGUAGAGAUUGGUGAAAGUGUGAGAGGGGAAGAUGUCUAUAUUAUCCAGAGUGGCUGUGGAGAAAUAAAUGACAACUUAAUGGAGCUGCUCAUCAUGAUCAAUGCUUGCAAGAUUGCAUCAUCCUCCAGAGUGACUGCUGUAAUUCCAUGUUUUCCAUAUGCCAGGCAAGAUAAGAAAGACAAGAAGGGGUCCGUGGAGCGUUGGAGCCGUGCACCAAUCUCUGCAAAACUUGUUGCCAACAUGCUGUCAGUGGCAGGGGCUGACCACAUCAUCACCAUGGACUUGCAUGCUUCUCAGAUCCAGGGUUUCUUUGACAUUCCAGUAGAUAACCUGUAUGCAGAACCUGCAGUCCUGCAGUGGAUUAAAGAGAACAUUCCUGAGUGGAGAAACUGUAUCAUAGUCUCACCUGAUGCAGGUGGUGCAAAAAGGGUUACUUCAAUUGCUGACAGACUGAAUGUGGAAUUUGCUCUCAUUCAUAAGGAAAGAAAGAGGGCAAAUGAAGUGGACAGAAUGGUCUUGGUUGGUGAUGUGAAAGACAGAGUGGCAAUUCUUGUUGAUGACAUGGCUGACACAUGUGGCACAAUAUGUCAUGCAGCAGACAAGUUAAUGUCUGCUGGAGCUACUAAAGUUUAUGCCAUUCUGACUCAUGGCAUCUUUUCUGGUCCUGCCCUCUCUCGGAUUAAUAAUGCAUCGUUUGAGGCUGUUGUGGUAACCAACACAAUCCCCCAAGAGGAGAAAAUGAAACAUUGCCCAAAAAUACAGUUUAUUGACAUUUCCAUGAUCCUGGCAGAGGCAAUUCGGAGAACACACAAUGGUGAAUCAGUGUCUUACCUGUUCAGUCAUGUCCCCUUGUAACUGCAGGGGAUUACACUGCAUCUUUGCAAAGGUCUCUUAAGCUAGCACUGUUUUUAACUAUGCACAUCAACCAUGAGAAAUUAUCUUUGUACAAUUCGAGAGCUUGUAUGUUUAAUUAUCAUAUUUGUCUUGUAAUUACCAUUUGUUCUUUGUAAAUGGGCAAUAAAUCUCCAUCUUGCAGAAAACUUAAGAAUUCUCUUCAGAGUCUGGAAGUCUUGUGUGUUGUGCAAGUUCUUCUAUGUGCCUGUUCUCACAUUUGGCUAACUGCUGUGUCAGAUCCACUUUUCUGUACAGAACUACAAACUGUUCACAGAACUUAACAGGAUGUACAUGUGUAAGAUCAUUCUCUGUGUUAAGCUAAAUGCCACAGACCUGAGUUUCUUGUAUCUAUUAAUCUGUUGGGCAAACAGCUGGAGUUUUUUGUUUAUGUUUAAGUACCAUGAACAGUAUUUUGUAAGCCCUAAUAUGUAAAGGUCAUGUUAAUUUUGAGGAACUGUUAACAUAUACAUAGUAUCACCUGUUUGGUACACUUAACGUUCACUUUUUUUUCCCCACAAGAUAUUUGGGGCUGCUGUUUUCUUUUGUAAAGCUCUCAUCACAAUAAAUUGUUCGCUUAACAUCUAUUCUGUAAA